GCGUAGUGAAAGGAGUGAUUGUAUCGACUGUAUUCUUGGUGUCGCUCGAGUGAAGAGUUAACGCGAAGUGCUUCGACAUGGCCACCAGUUCCACAGAUGCGUUUAACACCCAGUUGGGUAACAACAUACCACUCUACAGUAAUAAUUAUUCCAUGGUGUCAGUGACCACCGGCCCCAACUUCUGGCCAACGGAGGCCGCGUCGAGUUCCACGUCUCCCGCGUCGGAAAACAAUUGGGAUGUCGACGAGGAGGAGGCGAUCAAGAGGAGAAUCUACGAGUUAAAGAGGCAGUUUCACAAUGGCAGAUAUCUCAUCAUCAGACACCUCCCCCGCGAUGCUACGGAAGAGGUAUGCAACUUCCGCGAGAAAGGUCAAGGAAGGUCGAGGAUGUUGCAAGCUGUUGUUGUUUUUCUUCUCACGGUAUUGUUACGUUUGGAAAAUGUCAUUUAA